AUGUCUGCUGAUAGGGCGCGAGCUUCUUGGAGAGCCCACGCGAGAGCACGUCUGGAGCCAAUCCUCCGUAUUGCGCUCAAUCAGGCGUCCACGGCUACAGCCCUGGCAAGGGCACAGCGUGCGGCAAACGACGAAUUGAAUGCUGCCCUAGCUGCAGUAUCAGAUGCUCGCAGCGCUAUGAACUCCCUCCGGCCUGCCUGUCGCCUGCCCACCGAGCUUAUACUGCAGAUACUCAAGUCGGCCCAGAUUCUCGACCCUCCUCGCUACGACCAACGGCCAUACCUCGGUUGGUUGUCUCUCACGCAGUCAUGCCGCCUUUGGAGAAAUAUCUCCAUCGAGUGCAGCACACUUUGGAGCGAUAUAGUGGUCUGCCUCGGUCACCACUGGGCCGACGCGUUCAUCUCCCGCUCGCGCGCCUGCCCACUAUCCGUUCAAUGCGACCUUAAAACUACUGCAUAUCGCGAGCCCGGCCGUACCAUCGGACCUGCGGAUGUGGAACACGACACAGGAUGGAAACUCGUUCAACAGGCUCUAGCUCAUGUCAUGGAGACUGCACCUGAGCGUGUCACCAUGCUUUCCCUUGAAACCGCCGAUUACCUUGCAGUUGAUUCUGCCUCAAGUGAUGUACUCCGACAUCCCACUCUCAGUUCGGCCGGCGACUUCGUAUCGCUCUCCCGCCUGAGUGUUCCCGAUAACAUUCCCUCCGAUAUCUGGCAACUCAUCCCGACUACCUUGGUAUCGCUCGAUGUCAUAAGCGCCGGUGUUCACCUUGACUCGGAGCAUUCACGGAAGUACCUACUUGGUCUCUUUGCGUGGCUCCGCCGUUCACCCAAGCUCUUCACCAUGUCGCUUGACUUCCAACAACUGUCGUCUUGGAACAUCAUGCCCGUCCCGAGAGUGAGGAUCUUGCAUCUAGGAGAACUCAAGGUCCUCAGGCUGUUUGGCAAAGCGCAAGCGUGUCUGGAUGUCCUUCGCUCUCUUCACGUUCAUCGCACACUAUGCCAACUGAACUUCGUCACUGGCAAUGGCUGGGCAGAUCUCUACGUCGACUCCAUUCUAAACUUAUCGAUCACCUUAACGACCGCCUACAUCCGCAGCCAUAUACGGAGUUACAUAUCGCUGGAAACUACAAGGUCUACCCCAUAA